AUGGAGUCUCAAAUGAACAGACGUAUCAUUUGUAUGCGAUGUGCGAAAAUCAAGCAGGCAUGCGACGGUGGUUCUCCCUGCUCUCGCUGCAACCGUCUCGAGGUCUCGUGCGAACCGAAUCUGGUCGGCGGAGAUUGCGACACUGGACGCCGAUCGACUUCAAAGCCAGUCAAGAUCACCAGAACCCAGACAGGAUGCCUCAGCUGCAAGAAACGCAAGAGAAAAUGCGAUGAAUCCAGACCGAAAUGUGGUGAUUGCAGGAGGCUUUGCUUGAAUUGCACCUACAUCGAUCCCCCAAUUGGCUCGAAACGUGUCACGCCCACGUAUAAAAACAGUAGCCAGUCCCCAAGCGUUGGAAACGAUGACACUACCGGACGCUCGAGCUAUGAAGAAAACCUGUUCAACUUUGAUGCCGAUUCCCUGAACGACGUGGCUGAUUCCAUCAGCUGGCAAGAUGUAACCGAAGUCUGGCCCUUGGUGCCGCAAUCUCAAAUGGCCGUUUACUCUUCAGACACGGGGAGCACACCGUCUCCAGACCCAGCGCUCUCUUUGCUGAUGCUCUCGACAGCCCCGGAUAUCGCAACUGAUGAAGACAAGUCCCUUCUCAACCACUAUAUGAGAAUAGUGGCAGGAGUCUUGUCGAGACGAGAUGAUCACAGAUCCAAUCCCUACCUGUCCAAAAUAUUGCCAAUGGCAUUAUCCAAUCGACUGGUUAUGGAUGCCGUCCUUGCUCUUAGUGCGAAUCAUUGGAAGAAGUUACAACCCACGGUCUGGAAGCGAGGGACUAUUCAUCAAACCAAUGCAUUGCAAUCACUCGCAAAGCUUUUGCCCCAUAUCGAAAGAGAGUCUGCGGAUGCAGCGCUGAGUGCGACGCUUCUAUUAUGUAUGAUUGAGCUAUUUGACGGAACAUCGUCUCAUUGGAAAUUCCACCUUGACGGUGCCCGCCGACUUCUCUCAGCGUUUGAUCAGAAAUCAAACUGGGCUCAACGGACAGAAUACAGGACCUUCUGCCGCCAGCUUUACCAUUACCUGGAUUCCGCAACUACCAUAUCGACCUGUCACCCUCCACUCCUCGAAGUCGGGAAGGAUGAGUCAGGCAAGGCCGCGACUCCAGAGGCUAUAUCUCCCCGCGACGAUCUCGAUGAUGAAGCAGCAUUAUAUGGAGUUCCCAAAUCAUUGUUCCAUUUUGUCGACAAGAUAAAUGGACUAGCAUAUCAACGGAAAUUCCGCGAUGACCCUGUGUUCGAAAACAUGUUUCGCGCAUCGGCCACGAGGCUUGAGAAGGAACUCGAGCACUGGAGUCGAGAUCACAAAUCAAAAGCCUCACACUCGUCGUCAUCAGAUUGCUUACAGGAAAUUCCCGCCCAGAAUGCCACCACGGCUUUCGAGCAGGCUCUACAACUCCGUCUGCAUCAAGUUGUUAAUGGAUAUUCGCUGCACCACGACAAAGUGAAAGACUGUGUGUUUCAAAUCCUUGAUUCCAUUCAGCAAAUUCGAUACGGCAGUCCACUCGAAAGUAGUCUGGUGUUUCCUUUGGUGAUGGCAGGGAGCAGCUGCAGCACUGAGAGCGACAGGCUGAUCAUUCGAGAUCGACUCAUGGUUAUGGAAAGGACACUAGGAUUUCGCUACAUCUACACGGCUCAUGAGUUGGUGCAAAGGGUCUGGAAAGAGCGAGAUAUCAACAUUGGAACCGAGACCGAAGUCAAUUGGGCUGCCAUUCGGUAUUUUCAACUUCCAGGGCUCGCACUCAUCUGACCGCCAAAACUACAAAUCUCACAUUACUCUUUAGACGAAAGGAGUGUCAUAACUGUUCAGCCAGCUGUGCAACAUGAGCAUGAAUGUCAUAACCACAAAUCUCUUCAAUCGUCAACUUCCCAGGCCUAUCCGUGGAGCUGCUCCAGCCUAUGCGCUCACUUAGAUCAGUUCUUGCACGUCCACUGGCCGAUUGGACACGAGUUGC